AUGAGUAAAUAUGUACAACUAAAGCAUAACAAUGAAAGGAGCUUACCAUCAAAUCUCAAUCUCAAUGGCAGCAGUCUGGCGGUGGAGAAAAAGGGGGAGAAGAAGAGCAGAAGACCUAGAUUUGCCUUUCAAACGAGAAGCCAAGUUGAUAUACUAGAUGAUGGAUAUAGAUGGAGGAAAUAUGGUCAGAAGGCAGUCAAGAACAAUAGAUUUCCCAGAAGCUACUAUAGAUGCACGCAUCAAGAUUGCAACGUGAAGAAACAAGUGCAAAGGGUUUCCAAAGAUGAAGGUGUUGUGGUGACAACAUAUGAAGGCGUCCAUUCUCAUCCAAUCCAAAAAUCAACCGACAAUUUUGACCACAUUCUUAGUCAAAUGCAGAUUUACACUUCUUUAUAAUCAUAAUUACAUAUUAGGAGUGUUAGUAUAUGUCAAGACUUAGAUCGAUCUAUAUGUGAAUUUACUCGGAUUAUACUAUUAUUUGUUUUCAAUCUCUA